AUGGGUUUGAAGAUGAAACACAAAGUGGGUUUCAUCGAUGGAAGCAUACCAAUGCCUCCAGUGACGGAUGAUACUUUUCUGUUAUGGGAUGGAUGUAACACAGCUGUGUUAUCAUGGAUUUUGAAUUCUCUUCAUAAGGAUCUCAGACGUUCUGUGAUGAACCAUGUUAGUGCUAAAGUACUGUGGGAUGAGUUGAAAAGAAGGCAUGGGAAACCUAAUGCCAUACGAAUUACUAAUCUGGAAGAUGACAUCCAUAAGUGCAAGCAAGGGAAUCGCAGCAUCAAUCAGUACCACAAUGAGAUCAAGGGAAUCUGGGAGGAACUGGCACAAUUUAGUCCCAUAGUGCCAUGUAAUUGUGCACCUGGAAACAUAAAUCCAUGUGAUGCUGUUGUGGCCUAUACUGAAAGGCAGGAAACUGAUUAUCUUAUCAGGUUUCUCAGGGGCUUACAUCCAGAUUAUGAGAUUGUUAAGAGUCAAUUACUUUCUCGUAAACCAUUGCCUACUGUAUCUGAAGCAGUAGAUGAUCUACUCCAGUAUGAGCAGAAAUUGAGAGUAGAAUCUCAUGGUGGAAGAAGAGCUCAAAGUGUGGCUCUAGCUGUUGAGGCUGAGGAAGAUGAAAAACCAAGAGGACAAGGAAAGAAGUUCUGUAUCUAUUGCAAGAGAACAAACCACAAUGUUGAACAAUGCUGGAGGGCUAAGAAGAAGAGAGAAAUGCAGAAUGGAGGAGGAACAUGA